CAGCCACGCGGAAUCGCGGAUAAACGCAUCUUCCCUCGCGAUAAAUCAUUAUCCCAUUUUCUACAAUAAUCCGCAUUAAUCGCUAGUCCCGCCUGAGGAGCGGAGAGCGCCUGCAAGGCGUUUCGCACCUUCACACCUACGAUUGUGAUCUAUUUUGGUACGCGAUACGAGAGAGAUCGUAACGGUGUGGGAGAGCACACGACGUGCGACACGACGACGACGACGCAAAUAAGUCGCUUAAGAUCCACUCGCCUUUAAAGAUCCGACCGGUCCUGCGACGAAAUUUCUCCUAAUGCGAUCAUUUAAUUUGCGCGAAACGUACGUGUGUGUAUAUGUGUGCGAUUUAUUCGUGUGUACAACGGUACAAUGGGACGGCUGACCAACGGCAUUCUGUAUAUAGAAUUCUCCUUUCGAUAAAUCGAAAUCUAGCCUAGAUAUGAUCAAGUGUGAAUCGGUGGUCUCGUGACGCGCGUAGGAAUACAGCUGUUACGGCCGCACAUUGUCUAAUUAGAGGACACGUCCUCUGACACGUGUUUAAUUACGUAACGAAGCUUCGGUCGUCUUUCGUCACUUGACCCUCUCCGGAUAAGAACAAUUAGCACGCAGGCACGCACGCAUCGACGCGUGCGUAAAUGUGAACUUCGUGCUGAAACACUUGAUCUUCAAGAGGAAAAAUCCUGUCCAAAGUGGAUUUCGGCGGUGGAAGGGAGGGAGAUCCGUUCACUCGCGUAUAUUUCGAGCUACGUUUAAUGAGCCACGUUUGUGACUUAUUGUGUAAAACAAUUUAAAUAACUUUUGCAAUUUUCCUGACAAAUCGACAGCAAGUUUCAGAAACAACGUCAAGAAACAUUAGAACUAGAAAACAGAAAUUGUAUCUUUGAAAAAAAAAAAAAAAUAACACAAAAUUAGUGCGAUGAAAAAAUGUCGAUUCAUCUGUACAUUUAUUGCAGAUAACGAUCGUUUGUAUUAUCAAGCUAAUCGUCAUCAUCUAAUAAUAAUAAUAUACAAUUUGUACACGUAAUAUAUAAUGAUAAGCAUGUAUUCGAUAUUCUGAUGAUAAGAGACAUGUGCGACGAACCACGUGGGUUCUUAUCACGAUGGUGGCGCAUUGUUAUCGUUCGCGGCUAUCCAAAGAAUGAUACGUUGGUAAAAUCCGUACUCAAGCAGCAGCAGCAGCCAUUCGGUGUGAAUAUACUUCUGAUAAAACCAGGCUCUACACUUUUCUCGAAAGUAUUCAACUAUGUGUCUUGCGUAUUAAGCUUCAAGAGAUAUGACUAUCCGAUGGUCACGGAAACGGUCCUGAACGAUGAAAAAUUGAAAGACGCUAUCAAGCUAACCGCAUGGGAGGCAGCCAAUAAUGAGGGUUGCAGCGAGGAGAAGGCGCUCGCGAAGGCGAAAGCCAGAGCUAGGAGCAUAUUGCUGGAAAUGGAGAGCAGAUGCAGCGACACUCUCCUCAAGAUAGUCGCGUGGCUGGUGUACAAAUUUUUGCCAUGCUUCAUACAAUCCGCCGUGACGGUGCCCUCACAAAUGGAGCUGCUGAAGCAGGCGGACGACGCCGGUUUGCCACUCGUGCUGCUGCCCCUCCACCGCAGCCACUUGGACUACGUAAUGAUCAGUUUCCUCAUGAUUGUGAACAACAUAAGGAAUCCGUUGAUCGCGGCAGGGGACAAUUUGAAGAUCCCGUUUUUCGGUUGGCUCCUGAGUGGUCUGGGCGCUUUCUUUAUCAAACGCCGUAUCGACCCGGUGGUAGGACGCAAGGAUCUUCUCUAUCGCGCGACGCUUCAAACGUACAUUAUGGAAAGUCUCCGUGCCGGGCAUAACUUGGAGUUCUUCGUGGAAGGCGGCCGCACGAGAACUGGCAAGCCUUGCAUGCCGAAGAGCGGUAUCCUAAGCGUCAUCAUCGACGCGUACAUGGACGGUACCAUUGAGGACGCGUUUCUGAUACCAAUCGCGAUCAAUUACGAACGACUGGUGGACGGAAAUUUCGUUAGGGAACAAUUGGGGCAGCCAAAGAAGAUGGAGACUUUCACGUCGACGAUCAAAGCCAUGUGGUCGACGUUAAUGGGCCAUUACGGCAUCGUCAAAAUCGAUUUCUGUCAACCGUUUUCCCUCAGGGAAAUGGUAAAGGCGUUCCAAGCUCAACAAGCUAAAUUGGCUCUAAGAAAUCCGUCGGAACGAUCUUUAAAAUAUACUAUGUCGAAUUCGUCUCUUUACGGUACAGACGUAAUUGUGGAGGAACAACGUCAAUUAGUGGACAGCAUCGCCCGGCACGUUGUGUAUGACUCGUCCGUAUCUAUGCCGAUUAUGUCGACCAAUGUUGUUGCAUUUUUGUUGUUAAAUAAGUUCAGAGACGGUUGUACGUUGGACAAACUGGUCGAAGCGUUCGACUCGAUAAGACAAGAGUUGGAAUUUAGUGACAAAAACGUAGCCUUUUGUGGAGAGACUGUUGAUGUCAUUAAACACGCGCUGGAGAUCUUAGGACCGGGCUUGGUGAUGCAGCAGCGGCAGGAAAUCACCGAAGCUGUUGAAGGCGAUCAGUCUUAUAAAUCGAAUGUUGUUAUAGCGAUCCGUCCCGUGUCUAUUCUACCGAAUGUGAUCGAACUGUCGUACUACAGCAACACCAUGCUGCUGUACUACGUUAUGGACAGUAUAGUAGUAACUGCUUUGUAUGCUGAAUUGCAGUCCCAGCUUAACGAUCCGAUCGCAAUCGCCGAGAACAAUAUUACAGUGUUCCAAAAUAAUCUGCUCGAGCGGGCGCUCAAGUUGUGCGACAUUCUUAGGUAUGAAUUCAUUUUCUGCAGACCCUGCCAGGAAUUGCGUGACGUUGUUAUCGAUACGAUACAGAAUCUUUCGCACAAGGGCAUUAUCACUCAGAAAGAGGAAAUUUAUCUGGAGGAUGAACUUUGGAGUAAAAGAUACGCGAAAAAUUUUGACGAUAGCUCGGACGAGGAGUAUUCGAGGGAACGCGAAAUCCAGAAAAUUGAAUAUAAACUGAGCUUAAGGCCAGAGCAUUCUAGUCGCAUGGAAUUUCUACAUACAAUGUUACGUCCGUUAAUCGACACGUACACAUGCAGUGCCUUCAAUUUGAGGAAGUUGGUCGACCGGUCGCUCAGCGAACGAGAGUUGGUUCAAGAAGUGUUAAGCGAAAUCAAAACCAAAGUAGACGGAGGCGUAGUUAGUUACGGAGAGAGUUUAUGCGUCGAUCCGAUUAAGAACUCCUUUAGGCUUUUCGAAAAGUGGAACGUCCUGGAGUGUCACAUGGAAGAGAACGUUAAAAUUUUUUACUUGAAAGACGAUUGUGAUACGGAUGCGGCAACGAAAAAUGUGUACGAUACCGUAGCAGCUUUCAAGUGGGCCAGAAACAUGGACUAAAACGUGGUGAUACUUCCUACUUCAGUUAAAAAGAAUCACUAUUUUUUUAUAUCUUUUAUAAAAUCUCAUUGAACAUAUUGUCUGGAUGUUUGACAAUAUUUUCCGCGAACAUUGUUGGGCAUAUGUUAAGUGCACAUAUGCCUAGUACACAUACUAUAAAUACAUUUAUAGUAUGUGUACUAGAAUGCAUGUUUAAAUACGUACAGUUUGUAUAUAGUUUCUUUAAACGAGGAAAGCUGCGAUAUAGUAUAUCUUGUGAGUGUUCCUAAAAGUAUGUGUGAUUUGCAUUCACAAUGAAAUACUUAAGACGUUUCACGAUGUAGAACUGUACAGAGAUGCAAAAUUAAGAACAUAGAUUUAAGCUGGUUGUAUCAUAAAAUAUUUUUACGAAUAAAUAGACAAUAUUAUGUACCACAGAA